AUGAUUCUCUCCAUUAUACCUGUCCUCUCAGUUAUUCUCUUAGCUUUUGUGCUUAGAGCUACGUUUAACUACUACUGUGGUCCACUUUCACGCCUCCCUGGACCAUGGUACACCCACUUCACUGGUCUUCCGUUGCUAUACACAAGGGCAGUCGGAACCAGUCGCCAGCAUCUUCGCCAUCUUCACAAAGCUCACGGUCCAGUAGUCAGAGUUGGACCCAAGGAGGUUUCGAUUAACAGCGUCGAUGGCUACUACAAAGUACACGGUGUGGGUAGCCAUUGCUUGAAAGCACCUGUCUUUGACCAUAUCCGCUUCAGCCACUCGUCUAUGCUCUUCACCAUGCGAGAUCCCCGUAUCCACUCUGAACGCAAACGGAUCAUAGGCAGAGGUUUUGCGUCAAUAAAGGAAGAACAGGAAGUAAAGAUUCAGGGCUUGGCUAGUCAGGCGGUAGCCAAUAUCAAGAAUGAGGCCGAGAAAGGCCAAACCGACGUCUACAAAUGGUGGCGCUGCUUGGCGGUUGAUGUCGUCAGCGAGAUGUCUUUUGGCAAAUCCUUCAACUUGUUACGUUCGGGUGGGAAAGGGCUGCCCCUUUAUACGGCCUUGAGCAAUGCUGGUCCUUCUGUUGUCUUUCAAGCAGUACUCCCCCGCAGACUCAUAUCUUUAUUCAAAUGGUCUCCUAUCACUUGGCUGAGGGAAGUUGGUCAAGUUACUGAAACCAUCUUCAACCGAGUAACAGCAGCCCUCGGGGAGCUGAGGGUUUCGUCAAAUUGCGGCCCGAGUAUCGCCCGUCACUUAUUGAGUCACGAGGUUAAGGGCAAGAAACCCAGCUUGAACGAUGAUGAGUUGAGCUCUGAGGUUAGCAUGCUUCUUGUUGCGGGUUCGGAUAGUACAGCUACUACUUUAACAUAUGCGACAUGGGAGAUCGUUAGAGAUCCUGAGCUCCGGAGACAGAUCGAAGAGGAGGUCAUCAGUCUGCCCAUGGGCUUCACGGCGAAGGAUGUUGAGGCUCUCCCCCUCUUGAACAGUGUCUUGGAAGAGGUCCUCAGAAUGUACAAUCCUGCAGCAGCACUGGUAGAGAGAAUUGUACCUCCAAGUGGAAUCUCGGUUCAUGACUGGGAAAUCCCUGGAGGUACAAUGGUCUACACGACUGGAUGGCUCAUUUCCCGGCUUGAAGAUGUCUUUCCCGAGCCGGAUAGAUUUGAGGCCACCAGGUUCCUGAAUCCAACCCCAGAAAUGAAACGAGCACAUGUCCCUUUUAACAUCGGUGCCAGAAGAUGUGUCGGGAUGCAUGUGGCUCGGAUGGAGAUCCUUGUCACUUUGGCAAUGCUUUUUCGUGAGUGUAGAGGCUUAAGGUUACAUCGUGGCAUGACGAAUGAGAUGAUGACGCAGGUCGGCGAGUUCUUCAUAGUUCCCAAAGCAGGACGGUGUGAUAUUGAUGUUCAAGGACAAUAG